AUGAGUAUAACAACUAAUUCAUUGAAAUCUUUAAAGUUCACUAAUUCAGAAUUAGAAAAUAUUUUAGAAAAUUUUGGAGACGGUUCUUAUCCAACAUAUAUGCAGAAUGUGAAAGAGUUUUCCAGAUUGUUGAAUGAAUUUAAAUAUAACGGACCAAUUACUAAAAAGGCUAUAAUGAGAUAUUUAUAUCCCAAAAAAGUUGAAAAACAGGAGAAUAUUCCUCUUUAUGGUCCAGAGGACCUGGGCUCAGAGAGCCUUGAAACACCUCCUGAAUAUUUUGAAGAAAAAAUUAAACAAGAUGAAUAUUAUAACGAUGAGAUUGAGAAAUUGGAACAAUUAAGAAAUGAAAUAGAUGAAAGAAUUAAGGAAUUGAGAAAUGCUGAGAAUGAAGUAGAGGGUUUAAUGAAUAUCCCAGCUUCAGAAUCAGAAGUUCAAAAAUCACAUGAGGAAAGAUAUAAAAAUUACUUUUUGGAAUCUACUAAAAAUUUAUUAGAUGGUGAUAUUGACGAAACACUUUCAGAAGAAGGCACAAAAUUUAUUCAUAAACAUAAGUUACAAUUUAUUGACGAUGGAGAUUAUCCAUGUAUAUUACUUUCACCUCCUCUUGAUUC